AUUGUACUUUUAAAGAACUGAUUUUUGUGAUUUUAUCGUCUAUUUUGUAUAAUUCGUUUAUAAUAAUCGAUCUUGUAACAUUUAUUUGGUAAUAAAUAACUAUAAUCCAAUAAAAUGCUGUACUUAGAAGAUUAUCUUGAAAUGAUCGAACACUUGCCACAAGAAUUAAGGGACAGAUUUUCAGAAAUGCGCGAAAUGGAUUUAUCUGUUCAAAAUAAUUUAGAAGAAUUAGAAAAGCGAGUUAGAAUCUUUUUCUCUGAUUGUAAACGUUACCAAAGUGAGAUUCCACAGUCUUCUGAUAAUGAAUUUCAAGAUAUACGCAAAGAAUAUUAUAAAACAUUAGAAGAAGCAGAUGAGAAGGUUCAUUUGGCUAAUCAAAUGUACGAAUUAGUUGAUAAGUAUUUAAGAAGGCUUGAUACUGAAUUGCAUAAGUUCAAAUGCGAAUUAGAAGCAGAUAAUAAAGGAAUAACCGAAGUACUCGAAAAACGUUCACUUGAAUUAGACACUCCACAGUUGGGACAAACUUUAUCUUCAAGCCAACAGAAGGAAAAUAGAUUUGAAAGAGAAACAAGACCUCGUGCUGAAAAGCGCCGUGAUAGCGGUUCUUCUUUACAAACAUCUUUUGCGGAAAAGAGACAGGCGAUUGCACCUGUUGCGGUUGUAGAAACCCGACAUAACACGACACCACAAGUUGCCACGACUACACCUCAACCGACUGUUAGUUAUAAUAUAAGUCACAUUGGCGCAGGUCCCGCUAUUGCCGCUGCUGCAUCGCAGGCCAUCGCUGCAACCCAACAGAUGCAGCAAGGACGGAGAACUGCAAGUUUAAAAGCGUCAUAUGAGGCCAUUAAUACUGGAGUGCAUGUGAAUGAAUUUGGAAUAGGACGAGAAUUAGCCGGUGCUGCACAAACUGCUAUCCAAGCAAUUCAACAAGAUCACAAUAACAAGAAAAAACAAAAGAAAUGGACUGGUAGUGGUUCUAGCACGAGUAAUAAUGUAAACACAGUCUCAACCGUUCAAGCAAUUUUGUCCACCCCACCGGUAGUGUCUCCGGCACCUGCUUCCCCACAAGUAGAGACCACAGUGCAAGUGGCGGAUGGAGGCGAAGCGGAUUGGACAUAUGAUCCUAACGAGCCUCGCUACUGUAUAUGUAAUCAAGUGUCAUAUGGAGAUAUGGUUGCCUGUGAUAACGAAGAUUGCCCUUCGGAAUGGUUUCAUUACCCGUGUGUGGGUAUUACGGCACCUCCCAAGGGAAAGUGGUACUGUCCACAAUGCACUACGUCAAUGAGACGAAGAGGAAGUAGGAAAAAUUAAUUAUGGUAAAUACCAUCCAAUGUUAGUACUCAUUAUUACAUUUUAUGUACAAAAAAUGUAUUAUAUUAGAAGUAGAUGAAACUGAUUAUUAUUGAAUGUAAUGCUUGCUCUUUAUCAUACAAGAAUUAUUGAAUUUUUUUAAUUUACUGUUAAACAUUAUUUAUGAGCAUGCGAGAGAUCAGAUAAGGGAAUGUUACUGGUUAGGAGGUGAAACGAAUUUGUGUAAAUAAACUUUACAACUUGAACUAAGA